ACUUUCUCAAAACAGCGAAGCCCUCAAAGCGGCGUUUGUUAUGGCCGUUGAAGACGACGACGUUGACAUCAACCCCUUCACUAUGCUCUUAAUACCAGACGACCAAGACGAUCACACAGAACCAUCAUCUACUCUACAAUCGGAUGCACCAAAUCAGCAGCUCCAGCACCAUUACAUCCAUUCGAUUCAAUCAACGGUCCUGAUCAGACAAAUCAAAUCACAAGGAAUUUCCUUCCAGCUCUGGCCCGCCGCCACCACUCUCGUCUCCCUCCUCGACCGCCACCGCGCCGACCCUAGCUCCGGCCCCCUCACCUCCUUAGGCGGCCAAGGCCGCCGCCGCCGCCUCCGCAUCCUCGAGCUCGGCUCCGGCACAGGCCUCGUCGGGAUCUCCGCCGCCGCCAUACUCGGCGCCGACGUCACCGUGACGGACCUCACGCACGUGCUCCCGAACCUCCGGUUCAACGCGGACGCGAACGCGGACGUCCUGGCGCGGCACGGCGGGGCGGUGGAGGUGGCGGCGCUGGGGUGGGGAGAGGCGGAUCAGAUGGAACGCGUGGGGAGAGAGUUCGAUCUGAUAUUGGGGUCGGACGUGGUGUAUCACGAACACCUGUUCGAUCCUCUGAUUAAAACCCUAGGGUUUUUGUUGGUGGAGGGUGAAGAGGAGGUGGUGUUUGUGAUGGGUCAUCUGAGGAGGUGGAAGAAGGAAUCGGUGUUCUUCAAGAAGGCGAAGAAGUUGUUCGAUGUUGAGGUAAUACAUUCAGAUGAUCCGACGAAUGGGGCUAGGGUUGGUGUGGUUGUGUAUCGUUUUGCGAGGAAGAAGGGGAAGAGUUUGAAUGGUGUGGUCAGAUAACAGUGACUGUGACUGAGGAUGGUGAUAUGUGUUUGAAUGGUGUUUGGAUUCCACGAAAAUUUUGUUUUCCCAAAUUAAAGGCGCAAGCCACGGUUUUCCAAUGAUUCAGACUUAAAUCUCUUGAUUUUUUUACCCUUUUUUUAUUUAAUUAUGAUUUUUUACUCUGGAAAAUUUUCUUAAAAUUUAUUCAUCAUUUUAGUUAUUAAAUUGGUUAUAAAUGAAGAAGGAAUGGGGAGGUGGAAAAAAGGUGAAGGAGUGGAGAGCUCUUUCGCAUUUGGUGAGGGGGAAAAUGAAAUGAAAAAGAAAGAGAAAGAGAGGAUAAACAAUGCAUCCUUCAUUUCUGCAUUGUAAUAUAUAUAUAUAUACUCUGUAUAUUUAUACACACACCAAAUAUCUAACUGUCACUGGAGAAAUUAAUUUCUUACUCGUGAACAACAU